GCUCGCUUAUGCCUCUCUUCUCAGGAGCGCACUGCCUCCGCCAGAGCCAGAAGUCUAUCCGCAGAGCUCCGCCGUCUGAAGUUUCUCACUGCCGUUGCUUGGGAAUUCAAUCUCGGAGAUAAACGGGAGCUGAAAUAUCUUAUAGAGGAGCGUUGGUUUAGAGAGCCAGACGUUUCAAUUUCGCGUCCUUUGCGAUAGUAGAACAUCAGCAUUGGGAAAUAUGCGUCUGUCCACACGAAACCACCACGAAUAAACGGUUCCCACGGAAAUCUGGGGUUUAGUUCCCCUCCUGAGCGGAAUAGAGAACUUUUCCCUCUUUAAAUGAGGCUUUGGAUUAUUUAGACGGGAAAAAGAAUCAUGGUCCGACAAACGCUGGAUACAAUUUGGGAUUUUUAAGGUCAUAGAGCGUUUAGAGCAGCAUCGGUAUUUUUAGAGGAGUAAGCAAGAUACAGUCGUUUGGAGGGAACAUAUGACAGCACGAACGGCACCUUUUAACGCACGCGGACUCUCUAACAGAAACAGAAACAUGUAUAUCUACAUCUACGGCUUUCUGCUCUUUUUAGAUGAGCUUGUGUUCUCCAUGUCGGGCUCUUCCGCUCUAUCUGAGUCUGGGCACCAAGAGUCAAUGGACUGUUUAAGAGCCACUGAGAAGUGUAACCAGGACCAAAAGUGCAGCCAUCGCUUCAGGAUCAUGAGGCAGUGUCUGGCAGGCAAGGACAGGAACACCAUGUUGGCCAGUAGGGAUUGCCAGGUAGCCUUGGAAGUGUUGCAGGAGAUGGCUCUGUUCGACUGCCGCUGCAAGAGGGGAAUGAAGAAGGAAAUGCAGUGUCUGCAGAGUUACUGGAGCAUCAACAUAGGCCUGACUGAAGGUGAGGAUUUUUAUGAGCCAUCUCCUUACGAACCCAUGACGCCUCACCGACAUUCAGAUGCAUUUCGCCUGGCGUCGAUCAUCUCAGGCAUACAUUCUGGCACAAGUAAAGGCCAGCCACACUGCUCAGAUCCCAGCCGCCCAUGCAACCCCUGUCUGGACGCCACCAAAGCCUGCAACCUGAAUGAAAACUGCAAGCGUCAGCGAUCCAACUACAUCUCCACCUGCACCCGUGCACAGACCCAGGGCCAGCAGCCCUCACAACCUCAGUCGCAGGACAGCUGCAACAGAAAGCGCUGCCACAAGGCCUUGCGUCAGUUCUUUGAGCGUGUUGACUCUCAAUACAGCUACGGGCUGCUCUUCUGCUCCUGUAAGGACCAGGCCUGUGCUGAAAGAAGGAGACAGACCAUUGUACCCUCCUGUUCCUAUCAGGACAAGACCAAACCCAACUGUCUUCAGCUGCGCAGCACUUGCCGUCUUGACGUGCACUGCAGGUCACGAUUGGCUGAUUUCCACACAAACUGUCAGAUGACCCCUCACUCCAUCAGCGGCUGCCUCAACGAUGACUAUCAGGCCUGCCUCGCAUCUUACACCAGACUCAUUGGUACAGACAUGACUCCUAACUACAUGGACUCUGGUCACUCAAACUUCACCAUCUCCCCCUGGUGUACCUGCAGAGGCAGUGGCAAUCAGGAGGAAGAGUGUGAGAAAUUCCUACAGGACUUCAGAGAAAACACCUGUCUCCGAAAUGCUAUCCAGGCCUUCGGCUAUGGGUCGCUACCCAAGCCUGAACCUCAGCCUAAUACAAGCUCAGUGAAACCUGACCUUGAGCCCACUGCCAACAUCCCUAAAACAACUAUGGAACCUGGAGAGGAGCCCUGCAUCAUAUCGUCUUGUGCAAAUUUGAACGAACUUGAUUGCUAUCCAUCAAAAGACUACAUCUGCGAAAGUGAGGUUCCUGACAGUCCACCUAACACAAGAGUAGAGGUCCCCGGAAGUUCAAGUCCAGCUCUGUCUGAUGUUUUGAUGCUCGCUCUGUUGUUUGCUCUUGGAAACCUUGCUAUGUAGACCUACCUGAGCUUCAUAAGCCAGCACAGGGAGACAAGGCUGAUGGAAACCCCCUCAUGAUCAUCUUCAGACCAAACUCAUGACUCUACUGCAGAUUUCUCUUUAUUUCUUUCUUUCUUUCUUUCUUUCUUUCUUUCUUUCUUUCUUUCAAACACCAAACAGAAAAAAACACAGAGACACAUAUCGAAAAGACUGCUGCAUCCUCCCCAUGGCCGAAACAGAACAUUGCAUACCGAAUGAGCAAACGGCCAAGAAACAGAUAAUGCAUACUUAGCCGCUUGAGUCCAAAGUCUGAUGCCUGAUUGGUGGACAUGCAGCUAAAAACCCAGGCACAGAGCUUUCCAGUCUACUGUACUACUUCCUGCCACCCACACCACCAAUAAAAUGGGUGUCUCACAGCACCCAUCAGACCUGAAUUAGCCAUUGUCUGGUACUGGAUUACACCAUCUCUGAGAGGCAUUCUCCAUCCCGGCCCACUGCCCAUUUAUUGGAUUUGCCAUGCUCUUCUUUGACAGCUGCUUUAGCUUUCUCAUUGUGAUUAUUCCUUUUCGGUUCGGUAUUUUUCCUUCUUUUGUCCACCAGUUGAACAGGAGUAAUUACUUUCCCAUGGUUCUUUUUAAACGUGAAGUGUUUGAAGUUUAAAUCUGUACCCUGUCGACACGGCGCAAGGUGGAUGUCACAGGCAACAGCUCUCUUAGUCACAUUCUGCACUUAGUUUGACAGAUUUGAAAAAGAAAAGAACGUUGAGAUGAAGUUGAUGAAAAUGUACCAGUGGAGAAGUAGAUCUUUUCAAACGGCUUCCGUGUGGGUUCACAAUGUCAAUGGGCUGCCCACACAUGUAUAAUUUUGUCUGUGAAUAUGAAUGUUUUUCUUUCCAAAAGUACAGCUGUUAAUUAUUAUGUGUUGUCUUUAAGUGAACGAUGAUGAGACUCUAGAGAAAGCAGUGGGAGUGACAAGAACUGCAUGACUGCGGAAGACCUGGAGGUGCUCAUACCACUAACCAUUAUUAGUCACGCCACAAUCUGUCUCCAGUUAAAUGGAGUUCUACACCAGAAAAACCCUGCCGAGGACGGCUAGCAUUUUGGGACGUUCAUCGUCAUGUGUAUCAUUGUGUGCAAUUUAUGAUGUGGCCUUACUCUUUGUUUUCCUUCUCAUUACCGUCUAGCCGCUGUGUGGAGAAGGUCAAUGCCGAGUUUUGAUGUUCGGAAUGUUUCUAAAAAUGUACUCACCCCGAUUCACAGGUUCAGUAAAUGCACUAGAUACAUAUGACUCUUUUAUCAACAUUCCAAAUACUGAAGUUACGAACAAAACAGACAUCGAAAUAUAUAUAUAAAUGUAAAGUUCAAAACUAAAAAGAUUUAUAUAUUGUGUCCUAUGCUUGUUACAUGCAUACCAUUGCAAAGCAAAUGAUAAAUACAAACAUUCUUUGUGUAAAUAUGUCACUGAUGGGAAAAGGAAACUCAUUAAGUUAUGUCGUGAGGAUCUGUCUGUGAAAACAUUGAAACGUCAACAGGCAAACUUUUUUUUCAUUAAAAGAUGAUUCAAUACUUUAUAGUACUACAAGAUUUAUGAGAUUAAGAAUCCAGUGAUGUAAUAAUCAGCUCUAUUUUGCCAUAUGCUCAAAAAGUAAUCUCUUCUUAUUUGGUGUGAAUGUUCCUAGAAUUGUACUUUUGUUGAAACAUCUGGAAAAUAUAGAUAUAUAAACAGUAUAUUUUUGAAGUAUGCUGCCUUUUUGAGGGAGAAAAUUAUACAUAUAUAUAUAUAUUUUAAGGGGGCUAUUAAGUCAAAAGGCAGGUUUGUCAUUGUUGAGUGAGAACAAGAGCAAAUUCAAAUGGCAAGAAAAAUGAUCCUGUCACCAGACACUGACAAUGCGAUUCUUGCUUUAAAGUGAUUUUCAAAAAUGUGUUGUCAGAUUCAGUGAAAAAAAGUGCAUUUGAAUCUCAAUAUACCUGAGCAGAAAACAUCCACCUUAUACUUAUACAAAAAUAGCGCUGAUACUGUAUUUCAAAAAGGCUUACUGGGGUUUGGAUAAUAUUGUGACAGGAGUGUGAUUGUUAAGUGUGUGUGAGUGUGUAGCCUACAUGUACAAUUCAUUUUUGUUUGAUUUUUUUAGCUAUGGUUAGGACGGGGAGGGGAUUUGGUAUCAGGGAGAGACCAUUUGAAUGACAAAUGUAAGCUUCAGAUGCAAAUAAAUGAACUAUAAAAAAGAGUAGCACCUCACAGAGACAUUCAAUGAUGCUUUUGCUGUGUCACAUGACUCCAUUGUGAUUUGAUCACCUCUGGAAUUAGCAGAGCUCUACGUCAUCUCAUCACCGCUUCGAUGUAAGGGUCACCUCCCUUUGUAGACUGCUGUGAGGUCCAGAUAUGCUAAUGCUGUGCUUGUUUCCUGAUCAAUAAAGCCACUUCAAUUUUUA